CCAAAGCCAUAAACCUAUAAACUCUAUAGAUAAAACGCUCUGCAUGUGAACCGAGACUCAGACCACAAGGUGACACGGUGCUGUCUGAGCGGAGACGAAGUUCAAAUCUGGAUUAAAUACACAAAUGGCUCUUACUGGACAAACCCUCCCACCUGGACAAAAUAUGGUUAACACGUCCCCACCGCCAAUUGUUCGGUUCCUGAAAGCUGAGCCGAAAGCACUCGGGACCGUCCAAAUAAUGAUCGGACUGAUAACUUUACUGUUUGGGAUUGUGUUGGCGUCUGAUUUUUCAGUUGCCCUAGCCUCUGUUUUAACCGGAAAUCUUUACUGGGCCUCAAUAGUCUACAUCAUCGCUGGCUCUCUGUCUGUUGCAGCAGAAACCAAACUUCAUCCUUGUGUGGUGCAGGGCUCGCUGGGAAUGAAUGUGGUCAGUGCCGUAUUUUCAGCAGUAGGCAUCGGUGUACUGAUAACAGACUUUUUCUUAUAUCAUAACUGCUACACUAGUGAAUGUUACAGUUUUCAGGCACGGACUAAAGCGAUCAGUGGAGUGCUGCUGGUUUUUGCUGUUCUUCAGUUCAUCAUCUCCAUUUCUAUCUCAGUGUUUGCCUGUAAAGCCACCUGCUGCUCUGAAACCAUGGUGCCUUUUGUAACGUAUGGGAACCAAACUGUCACUGGCAACCCACAGGUGCCUGUUGCAACCUUUGCCAACCAGGCAGUCAGAGGUAAUGCACAGAAUUUGGUGUACAUCCCACAAGCCCAGGUGAACAUGAACAACCCGGUACAACAAAACCACCCGGUGCAACAAAACAUCCAUGAUUGGCCCGGUAGAUAACUAUUAAGUUAUCAAAACAAGCAAAAAAGUUAUUUUAAUUCGACCACACACUAGUUUCUAUACACAAUAUAUCAUGUCAUAACUAGUGUGAUGGUUAAGGUUUGAAAUAAAUAAAAACAUUUACAAAUAAA